AUGAUUUAUGCAGAUGCCAUCGCUAAGUAUAAAUCUGUAAAAUUGCUGACAGGAACUGAUGAGCAUGGAUUGAAAGUCUACAGAAGUGCCAAGCAUCAACCACUCUAAUAAUAUUGUGAUUCCAUUUCCAACCAAUUCAAACAAUUGGCUAAUUCAUUUAUUAAGUAUGAUCAAUUCAUCAGAACCACUGAUCCUUAGCAUAUCGUGAAAGUGUAGAAGAAUUGGAAUCUGCUCUAAAAUAAUGGAUUUAUUAUUAAGGACACCUAUAAAGGAUAUUAUUGCUAAGUUGAGGAAUCAUUCGUGAAUCAUAAAACUGAUCAAUAUUUGGAAGAAGAUAAUUAUUUUUUCAAAUUUGACAAAGAUUACCUUGAGACUUGCAUUAAAAAUGCACCAUCCAGAUAUCAAAAUGAAUUAAAGCAGCUCAUAAUUAAUAGUAUUUGUAUCAGUAGACCUAAAUAGAGGUAUUAUUGGGGAAUUGAGGUUCCUAAUGAUAAUAAUUAACUGAUUUAUGUUUGGUUGGAUGCUUUAUUAGGUUAUUUGUAAGAAGAGUAACAUCAUUAUAUGCACGUGAUAGGCAAAGAUAUAGUGAGAUUUCAUGCAUUAUAUUGGCCUAGUUUCUUAAAAGGAAUCAAUAACCAAUCUACAACUGAAUUGAUUGUGCAUAACCAUUGGAUCAGAAAUAAUAUGAAAAUGUCGAAGUCGCUUGGAAAUGUGAUCGAUCCAUUCUAAUUACUAAAAAAAUACAACUAAAAUCAAAUUAGACUAUAUUUCCUUACUCAAGGGCCUUAAAAUAUGGAUGUUUCAUUUGAAGAGAGUAAACUGGAGAAGUGUUGGAAUACAUACAUCGAUCAAUUUAAUAACAUUUUAUUUAGAUUGUUCAGGCCAAAGAUAAUAUCACCAAAUUUGCUAUUAUUACAAUAGCAUUUAUUGGAUGAUCAAUUAAUAUAAACUAAAUAAUCAUUUUUGGAAUUACACAAAAAUACAAAAGCAUUUCUAGAUAAAAAUUAAUUCUUAGAAGGUUACUUAGAAUUACAAAAGAUCUUUGUACUCAUAAAUACCUUAAUAGAUAAAAAUUAACCAUGGAAAAUGCAAGAGCAAUUUUAAAAAGAACAAUUUCUAAGUUUUAUUUGCAUUUUGAUAUCAAUGACUUAAUAAAUUUUGGAUAUAUAUGUCUAGACUCCUAAUGUCAUAACACCAUAAUUCAAAGAAUUUCCUUAAAAUAAUAAUGUUUAAGUAACUGUAGAUUUAGAGUAAGAUUUAAGAUUAAAAAGAUUCAUCAUUAAUUGA